CUAGAAUUCGUUAGCGAACGAAAUCGUCUAAUCCGGUCACGGGCUCACGGCUUGUGGCUUCUUCCUGCCGCAUUCUCGCCCAUUCGACGGCCGGAGUUCUCGGCUUCGGCUUCUGCCUUCCGCACGCGGCCUUCCCAUCGCAACGAUCUGCCACCGGAGGGGGGUGGUUGUUGCUCCGCCGCCGACCAGAGCUCGCCGGAGUGGUAGAUCCGCCCCUGGCUGGUGCUACUUGGUUCGAAGUUGGGUGGCUGAAAAUGGAUAUUUUGCUGCCGUUUAAAGUUGGAGACAUAGUGGAGUCAAGGUCCUUCUCUCCUGGUUAUAGGGGUGCAUGGUUCCGUAGCAAGAUACUCAUUAUGUGUAUAAGGCAAGGUCACCUGGAGUGUCUUUUGGAAUAUGUUGACUUUCCAGAUGAAAAAAAUACAUGGACUCGACUAUAUAAAAUUCCCCCAGGAUGUCGUAAGCAGAAAUCAAAUGGGAGUAGGAUGAUCAUGUUACGGCCUUCCUUUCCACAGUGGUAUUGGGAGAAUAAAAAACCUGACCAGCUCCCAAAGACUGAUGUUGUAGCAAUUGUCAGCAGUCCAUGGAAAGUAGGUGCAUUGAUUGAGUGGUGGUAUACUGAUUGUUACUGGACUGGGAAAAUUAUUGAGUUACUUGGCGAUGACAAAGUUAAGAUAACUUUGCAUGAACAGCCAAUCGGUGAAGGUGGAUGCUAUGAUGCUGACUGCAAGGAUCUGAGGCCAGCCCUUGGUUGGUCCCUUGAGAAAGGUUGGAGCGUGCCUCUUUCGCAGGAAAAUGGAAAAAACUGGUAUACAGCUCAGUUGAUUACACAGAGAACAGAUACAGGAAGUAGCAGCUCAGACGAGGACAUUGAGCAAUCUUGUGAUGGCAAAGAGGAAUUACAAAAUUGCUUGAAUGGACAAUCUGAUAUGCCUGCGGAAGUCAUGGACUCUGGCGCAAAACCUUCGGUGAACAACAAUGACAAAAUUUUCAUGAAUAAUCAAGGAGAUGGUAAGGAGGAACCACUAAAAUGUUUGAAUGGAGCAUCUGAUAUGCCUCAGGAGGUUAUCAAUUCAAAAGUGGAACUUCCACCCAACCAAAACAGCAUAUGCUGCACGAAAAGUCAAACAGACAGUCCUAUUGCCAAGCGAGGUAUAUCUCCUGAGGCCCUUUCGGAUGGCCAGUCAAGUCCCAUCAGUCUCAAGAGACGGAAAAUCUCAUCUGAGCAUGCUUCAGUCGAGGCGCCUCCUGAUAUUGUUGAUGAUGCCAUAAUGAAACUGGAGAAAGUAGCAAACAAAAUCAUAAGUCUCGAAAAUCUCUUGCUGUCUGUGGGAUCUGCUCCAUCAAGCACAGCUAAGCCUUCUUGGAAGCUUCUGGAGGAUACAUCAGCAAAACACAAGUGAACUCAUGUUUGUUCUGUGGCUAGGACGAUGGUAGAGUACAGACGGACUGAUGACUGCAUUGUUUUUGCUGGGAGUAUACCUAGCUGUUCGUAUAUAGUAAUCUUGCCUCGACUAACAAGAUUACUCGAGUUGGCCUCCAGUCUCCUACUUCAAGUUGUGUGGCGCAGAUGCUGCCGACAUCCAGGGCUCCAAUCCUCCAUGACGAGAGGGUGGCCAAGCUCUGAUGAGUGAUGAAUGCUAUGCGAACUGAGGGAGGGGUGUAUGUUUUUUUUUAAAAUACGGGAACCCCAUGUCCAUCACAAAAAUAACGUUAUCAAGUCUUACAACCAAUUCUUACAUCAGCAUAGAAACCAGAACAGAGUACUGACAAGAACAAAAAAAAAACAAGAUACGAUUAACAAGAACAAGUUUUUGACACAA